CGCGGCUGUCAGUUGAACUCGGUGUUUAUUUUUUGUUUGUUGUUUUUUAAUUUAUCAUUUAACAAACCGAAAAUACAUUAAAAUAUUCACUGUUUCGACAACACAUCGCCAUAAAAAUGAGCUCACAAUCCUUGAGUUUCAUGUUAGAAGAUGGUCUUAAUCUGGGGUAAGGAUGUGGUAACUACUGGCUCUAUUCUGCAAAUAAACCAAGACUAUGAUGAAUACGAUUUAACAUCGGAACGAAGAAAUGACGAAGCCCUGAAGAUUGAUGUCCUUGGCCAACCAGUAGAAAACUUUGCAGUGUUUGCUGAAAAACUUGUAGCCAUUGACAAAAAUGAUUAUGUGAAAAAGAAAAUAAUUGAAGAAGGAGGUGGUCAACCUCUUCAUGAAGGUUGCACUGUUUCUAUUGCUUAUUCUGGAUACUGGGAAAAUGCUCUAGAACCAUUUGAUAUAGUGCCAAUAAAGAAGCCUAUGGAAGUGGACCUGAAGGAUAAUGGGUUGUUACCUGGCCUGGAGAUGGCUGUAAACUCAAUGUUGGUGGGUGAAACAUCAGUUUUUCUUCUCUCAUACAAAGUAAUGUAUGGUGACUUGGGGGUUCCACCAAGAAUCAAACCUAAAGCUGACUGCGUAUUUUAUAUUAAAGUUGUUAGGAGCAUCAUAACUCCCCAAAAAGGGAAAAUUAACUUCUCAGAAGCAAACAUGUUCCAAAGAGUUGAGCAUGAAGUCAAACUGCUAUUAAGCUCAGGAAUCACAUUGUUUCAUACAAAUAAUUAUACAGCAGCCAUUCAAUUAUUCCGGAAAGCCAUCAACAUGCUCCACAAAUGCCGUCUUGCUGAUGAAAACGAAGAGAGGCGGCAAGAAAAAUUGUUAAAAAAAUUGUAUAUUAACUUGGUUGUUUGUUACAACAAUGUGAAGCAACCACUGAAGGCUUGCACUGCCUGUAAUGAGCUGAAUAGACUGAAAAGUCUUUGGAACAAUCCAAAGGCUCUAUAUCAAAAUGCUAAAGCUUUAAAGAUGAUUGGUGAAUAUGAAUCAGCCAUCAAAAGACUCCAGAGAGCUAAGGAAUUAAAACCUGACAAUGAAGAAAUGAUAGCAGCAGAAUAUGAUUUGUUGAUGAAAGCAUGGAAUGAUAGUAAAGAGUCAAAGAAAAAAACUGAACUCUUACAACAGGCUGAAGAUGAAUUUAAAAAGGAAGUUGAUGAAUUGAUUAGUAACUUCAAAAGUAAUGAUAGUGAACAUCAGUUGAUAAUACCAUCGAGCUUCAGUCCAGAUCAAAUUGCAUAUUUCAGGGAAGUUUGUAUCAGGGAAAAUUUGUUUAUCAGUAAACAUGAUAAGAGCGAAGGACCAUGUAAGGAUGAAAAACCAUCUAAUAAAGAAAAUUCGUUUGAAAUUGUGAUGCAGAAAACUACUUUGGGAUCAAGUAGUAAUUUUGUUGGUUAGGUAUCUUGAGACUGUUUAUUUAGUAUUAUUAGGCCUAUUGAUUUCUGACACUCACGAGAAUAUUAGACAUUUAAACAAAACUACUUUUACGGAUUUUAUCACAGGAUUUUUGGCAGACUGACUGCCCAUGGCCAUGGAUGCUGUAAAGGAUCCGAAACGUCGGGAUUAAAUAAUCUAUACUAAUAUUAUAAAACUGAAGAGUUUGUUUGUUUGAACGCUAAUCUCAGGAACUGCUGGUCCGAUUUGAAAAUUUCUUUCAGUGUUAGAUAGCCCAUUCAUCGAGGAAGGCUAUAGGCUACUUUUUAUCCCAGUACGGGAAGUAGUUACCACGGGAUGCGGGUGAAACCGCUGGCAGAAGCUAGUACCUAUAAAUAUAACCGUGAUAGCAUCCAUAAAAGUAGUUUUAUUUAAAUGUUAUUAGGCCUCUUGUCACAUGUUUUGUUUCCGAAAAAUAUACCAUACGUAGGCAAGGUGGUUCAUAUUGUGGUUGGCAAGGCAAGGUGGUUACAUUAGAAACAUGCCAUGAGUAAGGCAUCGCAUUUUUUAACUGCGCCGCAAGUGCCGUUAUUUAGCCGUAAAUUCAAAAGGGUAUAAAUAUAAUAACCACCAUAAAAUGCUUUGAUACCCUUAGUUUUGUAACCAAAAAUAUCUACUUAACACCAGAAAAAUAAAGUCUAAAAAUAUAAUAGUACCAGCUAUUUUAGUCACGG